AUGUGGUCAACCAAUGAAAAGGACAGUCAUUGUAACCAAAGUAUCACAUCUUUGACCAAAUAUGAACACUUCAUCAAUGAUGUCUUGAAGACUGAUCUCAAACGAGUCCACAAUCAAUAUCAACUCAUUUGCCAACAAUUGGCGCAAUACUUGCAAAUAAAACAAACGAUUAAAGCUAUUAAAGACAACCAUCUGAUAGUCACCGACGACAAGUGCAUUGAACCGUUGAAAUUGCAGACAGACUUGGGAUCAAACUUUUAUGUACAGACUGUAGUACCGAAAGCCGACAAAAUAUAUUUAAUGAUAGGAUUAGGAUUUUAUGUGGAACUGACUCUCGAAGAAGCACUCGAUUUGAUCGAUAAAAAAGAGAAGAUUUUUAAUCAAGAGCUGAUCCAUUUGUCAGCUCAGUCAUCGAAAAUCAAAGCCAACAUUAAAUUAGUCAUUCAUACUAUCGAUCAAAUCACUAGUUUGUGAUUUCAUAUCAUAAUUGUUUUGAUUGACAUUUAAUGCAACAAUUAUUAUA